GGAGCUGGCUUACUAUAAACUUUGGUUCUGGGUUUGGGAGAGGCCAUCUUGGUGUAGUCUCUUAUUUUGGGUUGGGGAUGCAGGAGAAGCUUAGCGGGAAAGAAGGGGCCUGUGAAGCAGACAACAUUUACCAUGGAGAUAUUCUUCCCCAAAAAGGAAAGGACGCCCCUGGGAUUCUGUGAUGGCCUGGAUAAGAUCUUCAUGGGCUUUGGGAAAGAGGAUGAGAGAGGCUGUCAGCCGCCCAAAUACCACACCAGCUAUGCACCUUAUUAUCCUAUCCACAAGGCUGCAAGCAUGGGCGACAUAGACACCGUGAAGAGCUUCGUCAGUCGGGGAAUUUUUGUCACGGAACAAAUAGAUUGGAAGUACAGAACUGCCCUGCAUUUUGCCUGUGUCUAUGGCCAUCCAGAGGUGGUAGCUUUCCUGGUGGAGAACAGCUGUGAGAUUAGUCCAAAGGACAUUAAAGAUGCCACACCUCUAAUUAAGGCUGCACAAUGCAGACAAACAGAAUGCCUUGAUAUUCUGCUGAAGUGUGGUGCUGAUCCAGAUAUUAUGGACUGUCACGACAACACCGCUCUACACUAUGCUGUCUAUAACGGGGAUGUCAAAACAGCCGCAAAGCUGCUUGAAUACAGGGCGAACAUUGAGGCAAUAAACAAGAACAAGAUCACACCACUUUUGCUUGCUCUGAAACAAAACAAGGAGAAGAUGGCAGAAUUCUUAAUCAACAAGGGAGCCAACACAAAAUCAUGUGACUUCCUGGGAAGAAGCACCCUUAUGUAUGCUGUAAGAUGUGGGUCGGAGCUUAUCAUCAAGCUUCUUCUUCAAAGAGGUAUUGAUACCUUUAAGCAAGAUGCCUUUGGAUGGACAGCUAAACGUUAUGCUGUUGAAAGUAAAAGCAAAGUUAGGAAACUACUUAUUGACUAUGAUGAAGAGGAACUGAGACAAACAGGUUUAGAGAUCAUGAAGAAAGAUGCUUGCUCAACGCCCUUCCCGCCUACCUCAGAAGUGAAAGAUUCUCUUCAAAGUGAAGGAGUGGAAAAGACAGAGGCAAAACCAUCGAAGUCAGGGAACACUGAGAAGGAUGCACCCUCAAUGGUAACAACUGUUAUGAUUUUUAUCUUAAAUUACUAA